UAAGCAUUAUAUUCCGAUUGAGUGUCGAUAACGGUCGAAGGGGGUUGGAGAGGGUGGAAAUGGUGCGCGCAAUCGCCGUGUAAUCGAGUGAUAACGCGUUACCGCUUCCGCCGCAGCCGCGUGGACCAGUUGAAGAGAUUCGCGUUGUCGUCGCCCGCUCUGCUGCCGCUGCUGCCGCUGCUGCACGCGCCGUUCUCCCUGUUCAUCUCAGACCCGUAGUGCACGCGGACCGUUGUCGCCGUCGCGCCCUUAGCCACAACGCACCGCCGCCGAUGGACUCGCGAGCGUCUUCGCUGUCGCCGGUGAUCGACCCGGACGACUCGAGAUCGCCUCCCGGAUCGCCCGUACAGCCUCCGUCGCCGAUCGCGCUCUUGCAGCAGCGCCAAAUCGCCGUAGGACACGUUCACGGACACAACAACAACAACAACAACAACAAUAACAAUAACAGUCGCAACAACAACAACAACGACGACGAAGACGACGAAAACGACGGAGAUCGACGAUCGUCCGGCGCGACGGUGAAAUCGCCACAUGCACGCGCGUCGCCCUCGCCGUCGGACCAUCGCCGGGCGCUGAUCGCCGGAAUCACUGCCGCCGCCGCCGCAGCCGCAGCCGCCGCAGAUUUCAAAGAUCCUAAAGAAGAUGGCGUAGAAGACUACCGUCAAACAUUCGAUGGUUCAAAAAACAGUAGCAGUAAACAGUUAAAUGGUCCGUCCAAUAAGCAGAGAAGAAGUAGGACAAACUUCACUCUUGAACAGCUCAACGAACUCGAAAGACUUUUUGAUGAAACCCACUACCCCGAUGCAUUUAUGAGAGAAGAGCUUAGUCAACGUCUCGGUCUAAGCGAAGCCAGAGUACAAGUAUGGUUUCAAAACAGGCGGGCCAAAUGCCGAAAACAUGAAAGUCAAAUGCAUAAAGGCCUAAUGAUGCACCAAAACGUAUCUACGCCCCUAGAGCCGUGUCGAGUGGCCCCGUACGUGAACGUUCCAAGACUGCCGCAGUUGCAAUUCAAUUCUUCGGCUGCAGCUGCGGCUGCUUUUUCUGCGUUCGAUCCAGCAAUCUUAACGGCCGCUCAACAGUUGCAUUAUGCAGUGGCCAUGGGAAGAGGUGUUCUGUGCCCUGCUCCAUAUCCUCCGGGUGGUCUAAGUCUAGCUGCUCUUGCAGCAUUACAUCAAGAUAGACUGUUAACCAAAAAUUCCAGCAUAGCUGACUUGCGGUUAAAAGCUAAAAAACACGCUGAAGCCAUUAGUAGAGACCAAGAGAUUGUUUAACAUUAGGCGUGUCUUUUUUUUAUUGUUUUUAUAUGAAUAUAUAUUAUUAUACUGUCAACAUUUUGGUGAAAAAAGUGACACAAUUCAAAAAAUGAAAAUCAUAUUAUGUUAUGUUACUAAUAAAUACAUAUGAUUUUAUUGAUUUACCCCCGCGUGCACAAAAAUCGUCAUGUUAUUAUCUCUGACUUUAAAUUUGUCCUGCACCGUACAGCAGUUUUAUCAGUUUUACUUUUAGACGAAUUCGCAUAUAGCAUUGCGGCAAAAACAGUUAAUUUUUAAUUGUGUCACCUUUCUUGCUGUGUUUCGAUAUUUAUAUGAUAUUUUAUAGGUACCUAUAGCAUGAAUUAAAAAUAUUUAGUUUUAAAACCACGGGUUGAAAUUUAAAAACUAUGAUUUCAAAUAAAUUAUGAGUAUGAGUUACCUACCAAAUACCUAAUAAUAAUUUAUAUUGUUUUUUGUUCUCUUCAUCUUAUAUUAUAAAUACAAUAAUCUAGUCAUUAAAAAAUAAAAAUAGUAUACCUACCUACGAUUUAUAAUGAUGAAAAUUGAACACUAUUGACCUACCUACCUAUAUACUUGACUAUAAAAAUAACUUUAAUUUACUAUUAGUUACAUGUAUAUAUUAUUUUAUUUAUUUAUUAUUAUGAUACGCUGUACCUAUAGUCAAUAUAUACGACUUUAUAUACUUAUAUUGACAUUUUAUUAUUAUUAUUAUUAUAAUCAAUUGUAAACGAAAAUGUACGGUGAUUUAAUAAUACGUUUAAAAUAAAUGUAACGCUUUAAGUUUUAACUGAACGUUCCGGUUUCAAAUUAUUAAUGUUUUUAAUUUACAACAAUAACAUAUUUUAAACUUCAACUUGUGUUGCUAUAGCUAGAAUUGUCAAAUCGUAUCGAUAUAACACCGUUUAUACUUUAGUGCAAUAAUUCAGUUAACUCUAAUACAUUUAAUUUACAAAUAAAACUUAUAAAAUUAUAAGUAAAAUUAAAAAUAUUAAGUUAAAUGUAUUAUAAACAAGAUUAAUAGUAGAUAUAUAGAGUAUCUCAAAUAUUGUAAGUGUAAAAUUUAAGUCCCAUCGGUAUAAUAUUUUUACUCGUUGUCCGUUGAAUAAUAAUCUAAAUAAAUGUACAGUAUUCUCUUGUAACAAUAAACUUUUAUGAUUAAGAUUUGUAUACAAAAUAUACAUUCUACACUUGUAUGUAUUAUAGAUUAAAAACUUACAGUUGUGGCUGUUUUAAGUAGUAUAUUAUAAAAUAUAGUCGAAAUUGGGAAGAUAAAUUUAAUAUAUUUAUUUUUGUUACCCAUAUAAGUUUGUCUUAAAAUUGUAACACUUGUAAUUUUUUACAUAAUAUAAAUCUAUUUAAACUCGAGAACAUUAAAUAGUAUUAAAAAAGGACGUUGAAAAUAUUUUAUUAUCUUAACAAAGCAAUUUGAUUCAUGAUUGCAAAUGUAAUGUAAUGUAAUGUAUUUGUGCUGUGAAUAACCACCUAAUAAUCACCUAUAGAUAUAUUAUACUCUGAUAAAAGUUCAACCACAAACUAAUAAAAUAAGCUAAGUAUAAAGAUAGUACUAAACGUUACUUAUAGGUACUUAAGCAAUGCUAGGAGAUCAAGUAAUCAAGUAAUCAAUAAAUAAAAUAAUUAAAUAUGCCUAAAUAAAAGAAUUCCUUAUAUCUAUUAUUUAUCAAUGACACCUAUUAAAUUAUACUUUAUUUAUUUACUUAUUUUAUCUUGUAGUAAUUCUUUUUUCUUUUUGUAAAAAUCUUACUAUUUUUAUUUCCUACUUAUUAUUAAUUAUUAUUACUAUAUUGAUCAUAUUUUUUGUAUUAUUAUUAUUAUUAUUAUUGUUUGUACAUUAUUACAGUUAUUACAGUAUCUCGUGUUAUGUGUUAUAUUAUACGUUUUACUCGUUUAUAGAUGGUUGUAACACUUUAUUUGUAAUUAAAACUUUUUUCGAGUGAAAAAACAUGAUUUACGUAUAAUUUAAUUCAACGUGCGUGGUAAACAUUUUAUGCGUUAUAAAAUGUACCUAUAUAAUACUAUAAAUACACAGGUGUAAGCAGACUCCGAUUUCGGGGGGCAGCAUAAGUAUAUACAAUACGGCCAGUUUUCUAGAUUUUCCGAGCAAACCAG